CCUGUAAAAUCCCGUUUCAAUAAAUUCUCACACUCUUCUUCUUCUUUCCCUGGCGCUCACUUCUUUUCAAGUCUCUCUCUUCUCUCUCGAGCCUCGCGUCUGUGUAAAGAGACAAAACAUAUUCUCUAAAGCGGCGACGUUUAAGAACAUUCGGUCAACGACUUACGGCGGCGUUGGAAUCAAAACUCCGACAAUGACGGUUUUCUCCGGCAGACAAGUCGUUCCGAUGGAUUACGAAGCCGAGGUAUCACAACGGCUUCUAGAAGCCAUCCUCGACGGAGAUUUCAAAACGGCAUCGGAUUGCGUCUCCGAUCCACUCGUCGACGUUAAUUUCGUCGGCGCCGUCAGCUUAAAAACAAGGAGGAGCGAAGUCGUCCUCCGUGAUGAGUCUCCCAGCGAAGUCCGCGUCGAGUACGAAGAAUUCAAAACCGAUGUAACGGCGUUAUUCCUCGCCGUUAAUUUCGGAAACGCAGCUCUCGUGAAGGAAUUACUGAACAUUGGAGCUGAUGUGAACCAGAAGCUCUUCAGGGGAUUUGCAACAACUGUUGCUGUAAGGGAAGGUCAUUUCGAUGUCUUUGAGAUUCUACUCAAAGCUGGUGCUUCUCAGCCCGCUUGUGAAGAAGCUCUAGUAGGGGCGAGCUGUCACGGACGCUCGAGGUUCGUUGAGCUGCUUAUGGGAACUGAUCUUAUUCGGCCUCAGGUUGCUGUGCAUGCUCUCGCCACUGCUUGUUGCAGGGGUUUUGUGGACGUCGUAGGGACCUUGCUCAAAUGUGGUGUAGAUGCUAAUUCAACCGAUAGGCUUCUUCUUCAAUCUUCGAAACCUUCUCUUUACACAAAUGUAGACUGUACAGCUCUUGUUGCUGCCAUUGUCAAUAGGCAAGUCUCUGCUGUCCGCGUCCUACUACAGGCUGGCGUCAAGACAGAUAUCAUGGUGAGGCUUGGAGCAUGGUCAUGGGAUACUAACACUGGAGAAGAGUUUCGGGUGGGAGCUGGAGUGGCUGAGCCCUAUCCUUUAACCUGGUGUGCUGUAGAAUACUUUGAAACUAGUGGCGACAUUUUGCGUUUGUUGCUCAAACUCCAGUCUCCAAACGCUCUUCACAACGGUCGGACUCUUCUACACCAUGCUGUCCUCUGUGGCAACAAGGCAGCCGUCAGUGUCCUCCUUGACUGUGGCGCCGAUCCAGAAGCUCCUAUCAAAACUUCACGAGGCAUUGAACUCAGACCGAUUCAUAUUGCUGCACGUGACGGAUCAGUGGAGAUCAUACAACAACUCGUUGGCUUUGGCUGCGAUAUAAACUCGAAGAAUGAUGUAGGGAACACAGCCCUGUUGAUCUCAAUAAAACACAAACAUCCAGAGUGCGUCAAGGUUCUCGCCCUUGAUGGUGCUGAUUUCGGUUUAGUGAACAAGUUUGGUCAUUCUGCUGUUUCGAUCGCUGAGUCAAACAAGUGGUCUCUUGGAUUAGAGCGAGUAAUUCUUGAGCUGAUCCGGUUCGGUGUUGUUCCACAUUCAAGCAACGCUUCAGUAUUCUCGCCUUUGCUAUAUGGGGCUCAAGCAGGAGAUGCUGAGGCGCUUAAAGCGCUUGUAAAAGCUCAAGACAUCUACCUAGACUAUCAAGAUGAGGAAGGCUUUUCGGCUGCAAUGCUAGCGGCCAUGAAUGGCCACGUUGAAGCAUUUAGAGUCUUAGUCUACGCAGGCGCAGACGUGAAGCUGUAUAACAACUCUGGCGACACGGUAGUCUCUCUGUCUGAACAGAACGGUAACCGUGACGUGAUAGAGAAGGUGAUGCUCGAGUUUGCUCUCGAGAAGGACAGCAGAAACAUGGCAGGCGGGUUUUAUGCUUUACACUGUGCUGCACGGCGUGGAGACGUCAAAGCAGUGAAGCUUUUGAGUGGAAAAGGAUACAGUCUAGACAUCCCGGAUGGAGAUGGCUACACUCCGCUCAUGCUUGCAGCCAGAGAGGGCCAUGGACAUAUGUGUGAAUACCUAAUCUCCUGUGGCGCAAACUGCAAUGCUAAGAACGGAAGAGGGGAAAAGCUGCUGGAUCUCGCGACUGGUGAUGCGGAGAAGGUGAUCCGUAAUGAGUUGUCUCGGAGGUUUGUGAUAGAAGGAAGCAGUGUGAUGAAACACACCAAGGGAGGGAAAGGAAAGAAGCAUGGGAAAGGAUUGAGAAUGUUGGAAUCAAGUGGAGUACUAAGUUGGGGAAAGUCACGGAAGAGGACUGUGGUGUGCAAGGAAGUAGAGAUCGGGAUGAGCCAGCGGUUCAGGAAGAACCGUAAGGGGAAAGGCGAUGGAGCGGAGGAGGAAGGGAUUUUCCGGGUAGUGACUACGGAAAACAAGGAGGUUCAUUUUGUGUGUGAAGGUGGGUUGGUGUGUGCAGAGAUGUGGGUGAGGGGAAUACGACUUGUGACCAGAGAGACAAUUUGUGGAAGAACUCAGACUCAGAAUUAGUGUUGUUUAUGUAUGUAUAUAAAGAAGUUUUGAGAAAGGGAGCUUCAUUUUGAAGGUAGUGUGCUUCUAUUGUGUUGGGGAUGUUUAUAGUUCUUGGGUUUGGUAUCUGCAGUAUAUUUGUGAACUGUGAAGUAGUUCGAGUUGCACAUGAAUGAAAACUAAAACAUCUCAGUUGAUUUGAGAUUCUCC